UCCACCACAAAAAAAAAAAACAAUUACUUGGCGUCCAGAGCAGAGCAGAGACGUUAGUCUCUUCUUGUCCAUACAACUUCUACCCACUACGCUCAACGAUGGCUUCCUUGCAAAAUUCGCCUUCUCUUUCUCGUACAUUGUCUCCCAACUCUUUUCCUCAGAUUGGACUACAAAGGUAUCAUAGUUCGUUUCCUUGCUGUAGAAGAGGUUUUUCAUUUGUUGUUCGGGCUCACCAAUCAUUGGCUCAUGCUCAAGUUAAAUCAAGGAGACGCCAACUGAUUGCUGUCAGCGUGAUUGCUCCUUGGGUUUCUCUUGUUAACCAAACUUCAUUUGCUGCAGAAACUAAAAAGGGAUUCCUGUUAGUCACGGACAAGAAGGAUGGAUACUCAUUCCUGUAUCCAUUUGGGUGGCAGGAAGUGGUCAUUGAUGGUCAAGACAAAGUCUUUAAAGAUGUCAUUGAGCCAUUAGAAAGUGUCAGUGUAAAUAUGAUCCCAACCAACAAACAAGAUAUUCGGGACUUUGGACCUCCACAACAGAUUGCUGAAACCUUGAUCAAAAAGGUGUUAGCCCCUCCAUCCCAGAAAACAAAACUAAUUGAGGCAUCUGAGCAUGACGUUGAUGGAAAAGCUUAUUACACAUUUGAGUUCAUUGCUCAGGCUCCAAACUAUACCCGUCAUGCUCUUAGUACAAUCUCUAUUGGCAACGGUAAAUUCUACACACUGACCACAGGGGCCAAUGAAAGGAGGUGGGACAAAAUGAAAGAUAAAUUGCACGCAGUCGUUGAUUCCUUCAAUAUUUUCAGUGUUUAAUGUGGUUGCUCAAUCCCCGUUUAUCUCAUUCCGGUUUAAGCUUCUAAAUGUGAAGCACCAUUGUUCAUCUCCAGAGCUUUAUGAGCCUUAAUUCUUAUUGCCAUGUAUUCUUCAUUUUUUUUUUCCUCUUCUUUGUUGCAGAGCUUCAUGGGAAGUCAUUUUUAGGGAAAUGACAUUGCCUUCUGACAUAUUGUAGUCAUGUAAUUUUCAUUUGUUCAUAGUCAAAAUUAAAUUGAAUUAAAAAUAAAAAUUA